UUCUCAUUGGUUCAUUUUUUGAUUAGGAAAUUAUACCCAAACUGUUUUUAUUCAUGAGAACACCAAUAAGCUAAUGCGUUUUGUAACGUGCGUGUGUAGUAUGCGCAAUGAAUCGUUCUUUGUAACUGUCAUUUUAUAUUACAUUAAAUUUUUAAAGUUGUAUUUAUAAAGUUCAUUACAAAAGCUGUAGUGAGAGUGUAGUGCGAUGAAUUAACUUAAACUUGUAGUAUCUAUAAAUUGCAUAUAAAAAUUUCUUUUUCUUUCCAAAUAACAUUUUUAUUUUUAUUUUAUUAAUAUUUUUAACUGCAGGAUGAAUAAUGAAAGACAGAACCAUAUGAACAAUGAAGAUGAUUUUGAUGAUACUGAGAAUGUAGUUUUCUUUGGUGAAGUAUCAGAAGCUGAACUUAAUCGUUAUAAGCGCUUGCCAAGACAUACCAUUUUACCAUCUGAUAUAAGUUUGAGCCAAUCAUAUUUUCAUGAUGAAGAAGAGGAAUACAUAGAUAACACAAAGGAUAAUAACAUUUCAAUUGGUAAACAUCAGUCAUUAAUUACAAGUAAAGAGAAUAAAGAUGAAAAAACUACAGAUAUUUUUACAGAGCCAAAAGAACUAACUUCAAAUUUCCUAAAUAAUGAGUCACACACAUCACACAUUUUGGUCGGAGAAAAUAAAUGUAAUAGUAUUGAAAAUGAAUGUAAAAAUACCAUGGCAAAUAAUUCAAAUACUAUGUUUGAAAUUGAGGAACCAAAUACAUCAAUGAAUAUUACUAUAAACAAUGAAAAAGUUGCAGAAAGCUUGAAAAUUACUAAAGGAAUCAAACCUAGUAUUAAUGCAACAUUUGAAUUUUCUUCACCAAGUACUACUGGGAAUAUACCAUUUUCUCAAAAAGUCAUUGACACAGAAAUUUUAGAUCGUUAUCUUCGCAAAGAAUUUACUUCUUCAGAUGAGUCAUCAUCAGAGGAAGAUGAUAACAGUAAAUCAAUGAAACAAGAUUUUACUAUGUUUGAAGAAACUGAGUUGGGAGUUGAUGUUGAACCAAGUACUAUUUCUGAUUAUAGCUCAAUGGAAUUAACAGAGAAUGAAAAAAUUAUUUACAAUAAAGCUGAAGAAAAAUGUGAAGAUUUAAAUUCUGAUUAUGAAAAUAGUUCAUAUGCUCGAUCAUCAGUAUCUAGUGUUGUAGAAUGUAAUAUAGUAGGUGGUAAUGAAAAUUUAGAAACGAAUGUUGGAAAUAAUGUAUGCAUAUUAAAGCCAUUGAACCAAAAUGAUUUAAGUACUACUAGUGAUUCUGAAGUAGAUGACUCAUUUGAAGAGUUUAAAGAAUUCACUCCAGGGAAACAACAAAUUUUUGAUUUACGUUUUUCUAAAUCAUCAAUUAGAGCUAAAACUCUUGUGUCAUCCAAACCUUACAUGGAUCGAAUUGAUGAAUCUACUACGCCUAAAACUCCUAAAGUUUCUGCUCCUACAAUUUUAAUAAAUAACUCUAAUUUAAGAGUAUCAGAAAAAUAUUUAAAUGAUAUAACAAAUAAUAGUCACUAUGAUAUGUACAACAAAUGGGAAGAAGAUUCUUUAAAUUUAAUUUGUAAAUCUGAUUUAAUGGAUUGUAGUAAUAUUACUGAUACAUCUAAAAUAGAACAAAUAUUUGAAGAAGAAAAUUUAAACGGCAGUAAAGCUUUGAAUAUUAGUGACAGUUUUAUGGAACAUAAAAUAGUUCCAAGAGUUUAUGACAAUACCACAGAUAUUAUGAAAAAUGAUUCAACAAGAGAUUUUAGAACUUCGAAUCACACAUCAGGUGGUAAUAUUUCAGUUACUAGUGUAAAUGAUUCAAUAAAUGUAUUAUGUAAACUUAAUCAGUACAGUGUAAAAUCUGAAAUAACCUCUAUUACUAAAAAAUCUUUAAAAGAAUCUCAGCAUAAUUCUUUUUAUGAUGAACAACAUUCUUAUUCUUAUGAGAUAAAAAAUGAUUCAGCACAGAAUUCUGAUCUCAAAAAUACUACUGUAUCAGAAAUAUCUAAUGAUAAUAAUCUGUUUGACUAUAAAAAUAAUGAAGAAAUUAUGAAAAAAACAAAAUAUUACAAAGAACAAGCUAAAAAUGAAUUGCUUAAUUUGGAACCAUUAACAAAAUUACUAUAUUAUAAAAGUGAAUGUAGUCCAAAAUACUUAAAAAAUUCAGAACAUGAUAUUAGUUUAGAAGAACAACUUUCUACUAAAUAUUUUGAUACCACUAAAGUUCUUAAUAACACUAAUUCAAGUGAUACAUUGAAUUUAAUUGAAAAAACCAUUACUGAUGUAACAUUUGGAGUAAUUUUAUUGGAUAAAAAUGACAGUGGUACAAUAAAAAUGGAAGAAGAUAAUGUUCUGUGUCAAAAUAAAACAUCAGAAAAUGAAAAUUUCACUUCAGAUUUAUCAGUGAUUGUUGAAAAUAAAACUUUAGAAGACACAUGCAAUGUUUCAACUUUAAAUGUGAAUUUAGAAGACACUUGCAAUGAUUCAAAUUCAAAUAUGAAUUUAGAAGACACUUGCAAUGUUUCAAAUUCAAAUAUGAAUUUAGAAGACACUUGCAAUGUUUCAAAUUCAAAUACGAAUUUAGAAAAAUCCUUUUUGGACAAAACUAAUUUAGUUGUAACUCCAUUAUUAAAAGAUAAUAAAUCAAUCAUAUUAGAUAAUGAAAAAACAUUCAACUUAUUUUAUAUUAAUCAAAGCUAUGAAAACAAAAAAGUAGAUCAGUCUAUAUUAAUUAGUAAAGAAGAAUCUAUUCUUGCAGCAAAUUACAAUGAUUCUGUUAUGAAUGUGGAUUGCACUACAGUCAUUUCUUCUAUUAGAAAUAAGACUGAGGAUUGUCAUAAUGAUACUGUUUCUGACACAGUUCUUAAAGAAGUUGAUAGCAUCACAAAUCUCAAGGAUACUGAAAUAGAAAAAUUAAAAUCAAAUUUUCAAAAUGAAAUAAAGGAGUAUAAUUUUAGAUAUUUUUCUGAAGAAAAUCCACUAAAUUAUAUACCCAACAAAGAAUAUCAAUCAGAUAGUUUAGAAACAAGUAAUAAAAUAGACAAUUCAACAAAUUUAAACAAAGAAUCUAGAAAAUCAGAUGAAGAUCAAGAAUUUCAUGAUAGUAAUUUAAAAGAAAAAAAAUUAUUAGAUUUUACUAUUAUGCAACAAAUAACACCAGAAGUUAAUAGUGACAAAAAACAAAAGUUAUUUGAUUUUAGUAUAAUUGACCAUACACCCGCUUCAAAAAAUUUGCAAAAAACUUUUAUUAAUGAAAAUUUAGUAAAAAAAGAUGCUUUAAUCGAUUUAAGUGUAGCUGAUCAGAUUUGGAAUCUGGAAUCUGUAACAAUGGAUCAAAGUACACUCAGUUCUGAAUUACACAAUAUAUCAGCAGAUUCUAAUGUGAAUUAUACAUAUAAUAACAUUGAAACUACUACUUUAGAAACAUUUGAUGAUUCAAUUCUUAUAAGCUCUUCAGUUUCAGAUUUAAAGCCAAAUUUAGCACAAAUGAAAUCUAAUUUUCCAAUCUCACUACAAGGAAAUGAUUUAGGUCUUCAAUUUAACUUUCAGAAAAGUAAAUUGGAAAAUUCAUCAGAAAUGUUGGAUAAAACAAUAGAAAAAAUUGAAAAUUUAGAACUUAGUGUUUCAAUAGAAUCAGAAGAAAUGAAAUCAUUUGAAGAAUCCACAAUAAAACAACAAGAAAUUAUCGAUCAAAUUCCUAUCAUCAAAAUUGAUUGUGAAACACAAUCAAAAUUAAAUUUAUCUAAUGUAACUGAAUUUGUAGAUGCUGAUAAAAAAAAAAUAAAAGAAUCGUGUGAACCUUGUAUUGUAGAUUUUAGCAUUAUUGAGUUACAUUCUCAUCCAGUUGAUACACCACAAAAUGUUAGUGUUGUAUGUGAAGCAGAUCUAAUCCAAAUGUCUGAAACCUUAAUGGAAAAAGAUAGACAGGUUGUUUCUUUAGAUUCCAAUGUUUCCAUAACUCCAGAACAUCAAUCAAUAGACAAUAGUUCUUAUGAUACUGAUGAUACUAUUGUUUGCAUUCAAAGUAUUGAACAGAAUCAUAGUUCUGAAUUACUAAAUGAUGUUAAGAUGGAUGAUAUAUCAUUGAUCAUGGAAUCACCCGAGAAAAGUAAUACUAGUGAAUCCUUUCACAGUAUUGAAUUAGAUAAUGUACCAGAUGAUAACAAAAGAAAAAUGGAAUCAAUGCAAGAACCUCAAAACCAAGAAAAAAAAAUGAAAAUUGAAGAACCAAAAACUCCUUUGUCAAUGUUGUUUAAAUUUAGGGAUAUGUUUAAGAGCAGUGAAAAACCCAAAUGUAAUUUUGGUUAUAGAAAAGAAAAUGAACCUUUAUUGGACCUAUAUAAUCAAUCUAAGUCAUCAAAUUUGCUUAUCACUGAUGACAAAAAUCAAUUUUUGAAACCAUCUAGCUUGAAAAAGCCAGAAGUAAUUGUUAAGAGUAGAAUACCUUGUAAAGUAGAAGAAAAAUCAAUGACAAAAAUUGAUGAAUUUAAUACAUCUGGAUUGUUAGCGUCUGAAUUUGUGAAACCUAAAACGGGUAUACCUAAAUUAGUAGGAGGUCCAGUGUUGAUGGAUGUUUCUAAUUCAGCUACCAAAAAAUUACAAGAAAGUAAAAUUCCUUCUAAGUUUCAAAAGUAGAAAGAUCACGUUUUUUAACAGGAGCAUAUUUUUUUAAUUUAUAACUUCAUAAAUGUUUUAUAAAUUAAUAUAUAUAUAUUUUUUUAUACGUGUAUAGAAAUUUUAGUAUAGUAAACUUUAUGAUUAAUAAAUACAUUAAUUUAAAUAUCUUACAAAUAUUUGUUGGGUUUUUUAUACUUGAUUUUAAUAAAUGUAUGUAUGAAACAAUUUUAAUAAUUAAAAA